AGGCAUGGCUCGUGCUCAAAGUCUACACAGCUCAGAGGUUGUUCCUCCCCUUACACCGAUUUGACGGUUUAAAGAUGAGUGUGAGAACCAUGUGGUGACAUGUAAGUGCUGAAAAGCCCAUACACUGUAGAUCAGUGAUUCAUCAUCAAGGAAAUGAGCAAAGCUUUUUUCUGCAAAAAGAAAGUGAAACUUCCUGACAUUCAAUGUUGUGGAGAAGAAAUGGCGCAGCAAGUGAGUCUGGGGCGAGAAAAACUGAGCUGUUUGAUCUGUCUGGAUAUUUUAAAGGAUCCCGUAACUAUUCCCUGCGGGCAUAGUUAUUGCAUGAGCUGUAUUAAAGACUGCUGGGGUAAGGACAAUGAGGACAAAACAUACAGCUGCCCGCAGUGCAGGCAUAGCUUCAAACCAAGGCCUGCUCUGGAGAAAAGUACCGUGCUUGCAGAGUUAUUGGAGGAAUUGAAGGAAGCAGGGCUUCAAGAUUUUUCCCCUGAUCUUUCCAUUGCAAAACCUGGAGAUGUUGCGUGUGAUCUCUGCUCGGGGGUAAAGCUGAAAGCCUUCAAGUCCUGUCUGGUGUGUAUGGCCUCUUUUUGUGAGCAACACCUCCAACCUCACUUCUAUGUAGCUCCAUUAAAGAAACACAAGUUGGUUGAAGCCACCUCAAAGCUUCAGGAGAACAUCUGCUCUCGUCAUGAUGAGGUGAUGAAGAUUUUCUGCCGCACUGAUCAGCAGUGCAUCUGUUAUCUCUGCUCCAUGGAUGACCACAAAGGCCAUGACAUCGUCUCCGCUGCAGCAGAGAGGGCUGACAGGCAGAAGGAGCUUGGGGUGAGUCGAGAAAAAGUCCAACAGAGAGCCCAGGACAGAGAGAAAGAUGUCAAGGUGCUUCAACAGAGGGUGGAGGCUAUCAAUCGCACUGCUGAUGAAUCAGUGAGGGACAGUGAGAAGAUCUUCACUGAGUUAAUUAAUCUCAUUGAGAAAAGAAGCGCUGGGGUGAAGCAGAAGAUCAGAUCCCAGCAGAAAACUCAAGUGAGUCAAGCUCAAGAGCUUGAGGAGAAGCUACAGGAGGAAAUCACUGAGCUGCAGAGGAAAGAUGCUAAGCUGCUGCAACUCUCUCACACUGAGGACCACUUGCAUUUCCUAAACCACUACCCCUCAUUGUCACGUCUGAGUGAGUCUGAAGACUUACCCAGCAUUGAUAUCUGUCCUCUGCGCUUAUUUGAGGAUGUGACCGCGGCAGUGUCAAAGGGCAGAGAUAAACUGCAGGUUGUUGUGACUGAGGAAUGGGAAAACAUCUCUCUGGCAGUGACUGAAGUAAAUGUUUUAUGGACUCAAUCAGAGCCCAGAACCAGAGCUGAAUUCAGGAAAUAUUCUCGUCAAAUCACAUUGGAUCCAAAUACAGCAAACAGGCGGUUGUCACUGAGUGACGGUAACAGAAAAGCAACAUUAAUGAAAGUAAAUCAGUCAUAUUCUGCUCAUCCAGACAGAUUUGAUGAAAUAUGGCAAGUCCUAAGUAGAGAGGGUCUAACUGGGCGAUGUUACUGGGAGGUAGAGGUGAGCGGGAAAGCUUUUAUAACAGUUGCAUACAAGGAUAUUAACAGAACAGGGACACUUAAGGAAAGUGGGUUUGGAUAUAAUAACAAAUCUUGGGCAUUAGAUUGUUACCCUGGUGGUAAAUAUAAAUUCUUCCAUAGCAAUAUUUCUACUUCCGUCUCAGGCCCUCAGUCCUCCAGAAUAGGAGUGUACCUGGAUCACAGAGAAGGUACCCUCUCUUACUACAGCAUCUCUGACACCAUGACCCUCCUCCACAGGGAGCAGACCACCUUCACUCAGCCUCUCUAUCCUGGAUUUUGGCUUCUAAGUACAGUUGGUGGAACAGUUGAGUUGCUGAAGUAGACAGACUUUUAAAAAUUGACUCAUCUCUGUACAGUUAAGGUUGAGGUGUGUCUGCACUCUGAGAGCAAACUAUGAUUUUGUGUUUUAGAUUUUUUGUCUGUGUAGUUCUCUUUUUAUUUCGAUAAAACAAUCUUGUUUUUAUUGUUUUAUUUUCUAUUACAUAAUUAGUUUGGAAAAAUACUACAUUUGCAAAGUCUUUAUUUUGAUUUUAUAUAAACAGGCGUUAUUAUGUAAAAGAAAAAAGUGUCAUCUAUGUAUACAUGUAUUUGGUUUUCUGUCUGUCUGUCAAAUCAAUCUUGUAACUUUUUGUUGUUGUUGAACCAUAUCUUCAUAAUAUGUAUAAUAUAAUUUAGUAUGCUACAUAUUGGUGUCUGUACUGCAUACUAUGUUGCUCUUCAUCUGUCUUUACAUUGUAACUGGUUUUAUCAUUUAUAAAAAGUAUAUGUACGAAACCUUACAAAUAAAUAUCACCAAACAA